AUGCCCAAGCUUGUGCAGUUACAUCACUCCUGCAUCCUGAAGCCUAACUACGCUGUGGCUAGCACGCUACAAAUUGCCAACCUCAUCACUUGUAUAAACAUGAGGCGAACAGUCAGCAAAAGCACCGGUCUCACGUGCCCCUUUGCUGGAAGCUGGAAGGUCAACAAGGCCCAGAGGCGCCACUGCCCAGCCUGCAGGUUGCAGAAAUGCCUAGAUGCUGGCAUGAAGAAGGACAUGAUCCCAUGGGCAGAAGCCCGGGCGUUGCGGUGAGCAAGACAGGCCCGGCGACGGGCACAGCAAGCGUCGAUGCAGCAGGAGCAGAGAGAGCUAGUCCAGACACCCGGGGCCCAAACUCGCCAUAUGGGCACCACGUUUGACCAGUUUGUGCAGUUCAGGCCUCCAGCUCAUCUGUUCAUCCAUCACCAGCCGCCCACCCAGUUCCCUGUACUGCCUCUGCUCACGCAUUUCGCAGACAUCAACGCUUUCAUGGUACAGCAAAUCAUCAGGCUCACCAAGGAUCUGCCCCUUUCGGUAUGUUUCCUGCUCUGGCCCAUGGAGGACCAGAUCUCCCUUCUCAAGGAAGCAGCUGUAGAAUGUCACAUUGCACUCAAUACCACUUUCUGUCUCCAAACACAAAACUUCCUCUGCGGGCCUCUUCGCUACACAGUAGAAGAUGGAGUGCAUGUGGGGUUCCAGGAAGAGUUUUUUGGAGUUCUCUUCGGCUUCCAUAGGACACUGCGCCGACUGCAGCUCCAGGAGCCUGAGUGUGUGUUCAUGGCUGCCAUGGCCCUAUUCUCUCCUGCUCCCUAUCUUACAGACCAGCCUGGGAUAACCCAGAGAGAGGGGACUGAUCAGUUGCAAGAGGAGAUAGCGCUGACUCUGCAGAGCUAUAUCAAAGGCCAGCAGCAAAAUCCCUGGGACCAGUUCCUAUAUGCGGAGCUGCUGGGCCUGUUGGCUGAGCUCCGAAGCAUUAACAAUGCAUAUUGGUACCAAAUCGCGAACAUCCAGGGACUGUCCACCAUGGUGCCACUGCUCCAGGAGACCUGCAGCUGA